AUGACCACACACAGGAUCCCUGGGUCAAGAACUUUACCACUUUAUUUGACGAAGGAGCAUAGAAAUUAUUUUGAGCGUGACUUGACUUUCAGUCCCAGAACUACACGAAUCUCACCACCAACAAAGUUAUCUCCUUUGACCGACAAAUUGAAUGAAGCACGAUCACCAUUACCCAUAUACAAUCCGUUAUCUUCUUCAAUAGUUGGAAACUCUACACCUGAAGCCAAAGUGCGGUUCUCGCCCGAAAUUGAUGUUACCCAGGAAGAUUUAGCCAAGAGAGUGGAUGAGAUUAUACAGACGGAAUCUAAUUAUAUCUCACAUUGCAGCACUUUGGUAAUACUGUACUUGGAAAAUGUACAGAAUUUCAAAACAGAGCUUCCUGCUGCGGUGCAGAUUACGAAAGAGUGCGUGCUUGCUCUUAUCACAAUCCACAAACAAUUGUUGGAAGAAAUGAGAAGUAUUAGGAUCCAGAAUCAAAGUUUGAUCGACCAAUGCAACAGAAUUGCCAAAUCCAUAGCAGCAUCGGGGAUUUCUGUAUUCUGGUAUAGUAUUUACUGCACUCAUUAUGAUCAGUUGAUUCCUUUUGAAAUAUUCAUUGAAAAAAGAGAUGAACAAGAUCCUCAUGAUCAAGGAGCAGCUCCAAAAACAUUCUUUUUGGGUGUCAAGAAUUUUCUUGAAAGCCAACAAGCUUCCAUCAAGCGGAAAGAUUUGUCAUUCAUGUCGUUGUGCCAAAGGCCGGUUGAUAGGAUUGUCAAGUACAAACUUUUUGUCAAAGGAAUGAAGAAUGCGUUUGUUAAAUUGGGUCAAGAUGCAGCCACCUUGGAGAAAGCUUUCGAGCUGAUUUCACAUCAAUUGGAUGAAAUUGAUGGAUCUAGAAUUUCCAUGACCGAAAACAAACAAUUGAAUGUGUUGGUAAACUUUGUUGGGCCCGACUCCGAACCUUUGCACCUGAAGUUGAAUAUGGAAGCCAAUUUUUUUGGAAGUCCAGUUGCAAUUGGCUUCGCUUCGGUUAUAUUUGUAAAGAAUUCAAAACCCGAGAUGAUCCACUCGCCAAUUGUACUCUACAAGGCCCAUCUUCUCAUUCUUGAGUACAAUCAGGUUAUCAACAGACAUUUGCCUGGAAAGUAUAAACCGAAAUUCAUCAUUCCUUUGCUGAAUACAUCGAUGGUCAAAGAGUUUCGAUAUGGGUUGCUGGUGAACCUAUCAACAAAUAUCAAAUUGCAGUUCAGAUCGUGUUCGGAUCAAUACCAAAUCAUCUUGUGCUUCUUAUCAGAAGUCGAGCACAAGUUUUGGAAACUGAAGUUUGAUCUUUUGAUUAAUGUUACCCACCAAGGUUCUUGUGAAUACAAGCUGAAUACUGACCAUUUAUUUUGCCUUACUCCCAAAAAUGCAACUCCGUGCUGGAAGGACGACUACGAUGAUCCAGAAAAUGCUAUACACUACAUUGCGACGCAACUUAGCCUUCAAGUGAAAUUGCGUUUCGACUUGUGUCUUAAAGGUAAAGUUCACGUAAAGUAUGAUGAGAUGCCCCCGGGACCCAAGUACACAGUGAUGCUAUGGCUUAUGGAUGUUUACAACAACGAGCGACACUUUAAACAAAUUGCCAGCAAAGACAUUCCUUACCACACCUGCAACAGAAAUAUACACGUGUAA